AUGGACGUAUUAUCGCACUACAGCUCUCCGGUCGUUGAAUUUCCGGCUACCCAGCCGGUUGAGAAGCAAUACGCCCUGGUGGACAACUGCACGGGCACCGAUCCACCGCCUCCCAGCAGAGAUGCCACCACGGGAACGCAGGAGAAGCUGCAUGUGUCCACACAAACGGAGCAACGAGUGGUCAGCAGCAAGGAUGUGGAAUACGAUGAGAGGGCUUUGGCCAAGUGGUUGCGCCAAAUGUGUCCAAUGGUCGAACGGGAGCUGAUGAAUCCCACUCCCCUGAUGGAGGAGUUCGCGAUGAGCCAGUGCCGCCUGGAGGAGGAGCUGCAGGUGUACACCUAUCAAAAGCUAUCCAUGGGCGCAGUGGAGAACUCGCAGGGAUUGGCCAUCUGGCUGUGUGUGCACACCAAUAACGCUCCUGUGCUGGUGGCCACCACCGUGGCUCCCCACGACGACUGGUGCGAGCAUGUGGAUCAGCAGCUGAAGCUCUUCGUCCCCCAACGGAUGUCCAAUGGCAACUUGGUGAUUUAUACCGAGGCCAAAACCCUUUCCCUGAAAUCCUGCCUGCGUAGUCUAUGCACGAAUCCUUUCAACAAGACUAUGUUUGCCGGCUCCACCAUGGAUGGCGAGCUCUUCAUCUGGCUAUACGAACAGGCCAGGGGUUCCGAUUCCAGCGUGGACAUCAAGCAGCUCCACAGUGUGUCCUCCGCCCAGGGAGCAGCUGUAGCUCUCGACUGGCCAAGGGAACAGCUACUGCUGGCCUGUUAUGCCAAUGGCAGCGUGCGCCAGUGGGAUCUCAGCAGGCAGAUGACUCUGGAUUGGGAGUACUCCCUGCCCGCCUCGGUUACAUCUGAGCCAACGGCCUUGGUGGCCCUGGGAAUGGAUGACUUUGUGCUGGGCACCAAUGAUGGUGGCGUUUAUCGUUGCUGGAGCACUGGUCGCCAAGCACUGGUCACCAAGCAGAUCCAGUUGUUGGCCCUACGGCGACAUCGUUUCAUGGUCUCCACCCUGCUGCGAACAGAGAUGGGUGGCCACCAGUUCGUCCUCAGUUGCGAUCUCAGUGGACAGGCCUUCUAUCACGAUAUGCGAAUUGUGGAUGAGGAUAUGGCUCAAUUGAUAGUGCAGAUCCCAUUGCCCUUUAAGAAUGUAAUAGCCUGCAGUCGGGAUGGCAAUAUCAUCUACUGUCCAGCCAAUGAUGGAGCACUGGAAGUGCACAGGGUGAGCGAUGGAGCCCAUGCCCACGUGAAGGGCGGGCUGCGCGGCAAAGGAAGCCUCAUCCGAAGCAGCGACAAUGGCCGCUGGUUAAUUGCUGGCCUUUAUGGGGAUGAGUUCCAGAUUUUCUACGUCGAGUAUUAAAGAUUCACAUUUGAUUUUGUUCUCAGUUUGGAAAUAAUCGCUUGUAUUUGCAUG